CUUGAUCUAGUAAACAAACCCUGAUAAUAAUGUUCUAAAUCAACUAAUUUUUUACAGAAGGCUCUGUCGAUGCUCCCAGUUCCUAGUUUUGGAUAUUGAUGCUUUUCCCAAUUUUCAGUUAUUUUGAUAAUAAUUUCAAAGUUGGGUUAUCCUCAUCACUAUUGUUCUUCGUUUCCACCCUUUUCUGUGCUGAAGUUUUGCCCUGUAAUAUUUCGCUGAAGAGUACUUAUCCAGUGGGAGUAUUGCGCUUUUUUGCCUCAAGACUGUCAAACUGUGAUCGAAUUGAAAUGAAAUGCUGUUGAAGUUGGUGGAUUGCCAUCAGUCAUAUUUUGAGAAAUGAUCUGAUCAGAUUUCUCAGCAAAUAUCUUUGAGAAUGUUCCCACUGAAAAAUCAUUUUGAUAGCAAAGUAAUAUCCUCCAAAAUCAGCAUAUAGCAAUCCUUCUAUCAUUUCCUGACGUGAGCUCUGUACGUACACUAGCAAAAAUAUGGAUUCACAAGAAGACAGCAUAUCUAUUGUUUCUCCUGAAAGAUUAACAACUCCAAAAAAAGAAUGUGUCCAAGUUGUUGUUCGAUGCAGACCAAUGAAUCAAAAAGAAGUUGAACAAGGAUACAAUAAUGUCGUGGAAGUUUAUCCAGAUUCUUCGAGUGUAGAAAUCAUUAACCCCAAAGAUGAUAACAUGAAAACCAACAAGAAAGCUUUUACCUUUGAUGCUGUGCAUGAUUGGAAGUCAACUCAGCAAUCAAUUUAUGAUGAAUUGGUACGCCCAUUAGUAGAUUCUGUUUUGAUGGGAUUCAAUGGAACUAUUUUUGCCUAUGGACAAACUGGAACUGGAAAAACAUACACCAUGGAAGGUUGCAAAGAUAACCUUAAAGCAAAGGGCAUUAUACCUAACUCUUUUGAGCAUAUUUUUAGUCACAUCUCUAAAUCACCUAAUACUCAGUUCCUGGUUCGCUCAUCUUAUUUGGAAAUUUAUCAAGAAGAAAUUCGAGAUCUAUUGGUGAAGAACCCUGAGAAGAAGUUAGAGUUAAGGGAGAAUCCAGGUUGUGGAAUCUACGUCAAAGGACUGAAAUCCCAAGACUGUACCAGUAUUGAAGAUAUCGAACGAGUCAUGAGCGUUGGGAAUUUGAAUCGUACCGUUGGAGCAACUGAUAUGAAUGAACGAAGUUCUAGAUCCCAUGCCAUCUUUAUGAUUAGAAUUGAAAUGAGUGACAAUAGUUCCUCAGAUAAAGUACGAGUCGGAAAACUGAAUUUAGUAGAUUUAGCUGGUAGUGAACGGCAAUCCAAAACUGGAUCAAGCGGAGGCCGUUUGAAAGAGGCAAGUAAAAUAAAUUUAUCUCUCUCAGCACUUGGCAAUGUUAUCUCAGCUUUGGUUGAUGGGAAAGGACAUCACAUUCCAUACCGAGAUUCAAAAUUGACUCGACUGCUUCAAGAUUCCUUGGGAGGUAACUCAAAAACUCUAAUGAUUGCUAACAUCGGUCCUGCAAGUUAUAACUAUGAAGAGACGGUCACAACUUUACGCUAUGCAAGUCGCGCAAAGAAUAUUCAGAACAAACCAAGAAUCAAUGAAGAUCCAAAAGAUACAUUAAUCAGAGAGUAUCAAGAAGAAAUUAAUAGAUUGAAGAAUAUGUUAGCGGACAAAAUGGCCAAACAUUCAGUAGGAUUUAAAAAGACCAGAAAAAGGAAAGAUGAUACUAUCUCUGUCACCAGCCUCUCUUUUGAGGACAUCUGUAAAGCGGAAGACGAUAACAUAAAUAAAGAAAUUUCAAAUAUUAUGUCUACGGAUGCGACAGACUCUGAAAAAUAUGUUAUGAUGGAGGAAGUUGAGAAGAAGAAAAAAGAACUUGAGGCAGAGAGACAGGUGACAGAAGAACUAGCGAUGAAACUAAAAAUGAUGGAAUCAAAACUUAUUCAGGGUGGUAAAAAUAUUAUUGAUCAUACAAAUCAUCAGAAGCAACUACUCGAGAGACACACAGCAGAAAUCAACAAGUGCAAGCAAAGAGAAGCAGAAAUGAGAAGAAUGUUACGAGAGAAGGAAGAGUAUGAACAAGAGAUUCGAGGAGUCUACACCAAUCUAGUCAAUGAAUGUGAUAUUAAACGGAAAAAAAUUAAGAAAUAUGAAACAAAAUUGGAAGCCAUUGUACAAGAAAUCAAUGAUUGUAACGAUCAGUAUUCUAAAGACAGGAUUGAGCUUCAAACUAUGGAAGAAGCACUUACCAAAGAUCUGAAGAAGUGGCAUUUGGUGGCAGAAAAUUUCGUGCCUCAAGAGGAAGUGAAGAAAGUGAUUGAAACCAGUUUCUAUGAUUUCAAUGAGCAAGAGUGGAAGAGCAAAGAAGAAAACACCAACAAAAUAGAUAAUGUAGAAGAAUAUCUUCCUAGGUUGACUAGUUGUGAGCCAAAAAUUGAAUUUGCCAAUAAAACUUUGGAAUUUGGCUCAAAUGCCAGGUAUCCGGGCCAUCGAAUUCUGAAACUAGAUCUAUACAAGAUGAAGAAAACAACCAAAGAUUAUACCCAUCCUUCUGUAUCGCCAGCUCUACUCUCUGUUCUUGAGUCUGUGUUGCAAGAAGACGACUUGGACUUGGAUGCAUCUAAGUUUGCACGUGGAAGAGUUUUUGAUCCCAACCGCAACCUGAUUGCAAAAAACGAAGGAAGGGCGGGGGCACAAAAAUAUCCAAAAGCCCGAGGUCUGGUGAAGAAAUAGUGCUUUCCUCCGCCCUAAUGCCGGUUUGGUUGUACGAGUUCUUUGUGUCUUUAAUUUCCAUUGGUUACUCGUUAUUUGUUCUAGUUUUACUAUUUUCUCUUGUUUACUUCAUUAUGAAAAAUUAAUUUUUCUGUUCCUUCUAGCUUAAGUCAUCUAAUUAAUUAGAGCAUACCAUCAAUCUUAGUCAUAUAAUUUUCCUUAUCUUAGCGCAGAGGGGAUAAUUAGUUUUUGAUUUGAGCCGUUUCAUAGGGCACUUCAGCAGAGUACAUCAUCGGAAAGUUGGUGACCUAUACGACACUGAACUUUUUAAAAGUUUGAUGGGUUUUGACACAGUUUGAUCAAAAAUAGAUUUCAUCAAAUUUUGAUGGAAUUUGAGCAUGAGUUUGAAGAUAGAGAAUGAAACGUCAUGGUAAGGAAGUAGCGCUUUGGAGCGUCUUCUGAAAUGCAGCUGUGUAAAAUCAGUCAUUUUCUUCUCAAUUGAAGCCGAUUAUAUUUCAUUUUUGGAGAUGCAAAUCUGACAAGUUUUUUUUUAAUUAAAGAUCUGAAGGUUAUUACUCCCUGAAAGUUUUGAAGAUUAUAUAUGAAAGAAAAAGUUAUCGCAAAUUUCACAGACUUUUGAUUACCAGUCCUCUAGACAAAGCAUCCUCAAACCUAACCUCUCUUCAAAGAUUCACGAGGAAAACGAAGCACACAACAGAAAGUUUGUCAGUCAACUCCCAAUCAAGAUUUAAGUGGUUACAAGUAACAACGUUCAAACAGCAAAAAUACAAAUGACUUCAUCUGUAUAAUCUAACUUACAUUUGAUCUAUGUUAAAAUACUUGUUAAUAUCUCGUUAAGAAAUUGGUUUCCAAACUUUGUGUUGCUCGAAUUGUUUCCUGUGUAUGAUUUUGAAGAAAAAUUGUGUGAAUAGUUUCUAGUUCGGACCUUGUCUAGUGGCUCAUUAUGCAGGUUUAUUUCUCUAGAAAAAUGUAAAUUAAGAGCAAAAAUUUCGCAAAAUUGCAGCGCAGAUUUAUGCUUUUUACAUUUACUUCAAUCCAUCAAUAUACUUGUUGAAAUCUAAACAAGCUAGUUGUGCGAGGUAUUCUUGAGGAAGAAGUGUUUCGUAUAAGUGAGAUAACGAAAACCGUCUCUAAUUUCUAUUUCAUUGAUUGUCUUAUUCCAUAUUCUGUAAAUUUUUCAUACAAAUAGAAUUUUUGUAUACAAGAAUUUUUAUUUUACACAUUGAUAAAAAUAGUCAUGCUUUGAUUAAUUUUUCAAACUUUAUUAAUUAGUGUUAUGUUACUCAAUGAUAACUUUAAUGAUGUUUAAAUGGAAGUCUUAACUUACUGAAUAAGCUGUUUUAUCCGUUGGAUAUUUCAAAUUUUGGUUCUAUAUUUUUCCUUUCAACAAUAAUCAAACAUGUUGGGAAGCAAGACUUUCUCACAGAUAGGGCAAGUCACUAUCAGUGUUCAAUCAAAUCACCUAUAUAAAAUACAUAUGAGCUAUAUCAAAACAAAAUAUUCAAAAUUAAUAGAAAACAGCUGAUAGAUUUAUUCAAUACUAACUUAUUUGUGGUGGCCGUAUUGUGUCAAUGAUUAAAGCUAAUUUUUCGUUUCCUCUUUGAGGAAACACCCCCGCACUCUUUGAGUGCAGAACCUCAAAUCCAUUUCACUCAAAAAUCGAGUUCCAUAGCCUUUUAGGUGACAAUUAGUCAAUCUGUUGUGUUUGUAAAUGUUGUAAUUUCCAAAAUUUGUUUGAGCUAAGCAAAACAGUCACAUCCACUUUGCAGCGGUUCAAAAUCUCAUCUCCUAUUUUAAUAUUUUUAGAAGGAAACCAACCAAUAUUUUCUCUUAAAAUUUUGUGGAAAUAACCCUCAUAUGAAAAAGAAAAAUGGCAACAAUCUUCGAAUGGGGAUGUUGAUUGGUUCUCUUCCAAAAAAUUUAAGGAGACGAGAUUUUGAAACACUGCAGUGCAGAUGUGACUGAUGUGCUCAACUCAAUCCAAUUGGUGCCUGCGGUUUUCCCGAUUGAUCAUUGAACUUUCAAACAUUUAAUUUAAUCCAGCAUGCUUCUGAAUUAAUCUUUUUAUCCUCAGAUACUGUAUACAUGCUCAAAAAUUUUACUGGCGAAAUGAUCCUCAUUGCCUUGUGAUCAUUGCUUUAUCUUUAAUUUUUUAAUUAACGUUUUUUCAGUUUUCAAGAAAUCAUUUUAAAUGUUAUGUUGUAUGGAUUAUAUGUUUUCGUUCACCCUCUAUAGGAUCAUAUUUCAAGGAUUCCAGUAUGAUAAGUUUCUCUUAUGUUUUUCUCUUUUUUUCUAGUCAUAAAUUCAUAAAAAAAUCAUUUUCCAACCCAGUAGCUUUAUGAAUGUUUCUUUUCAAGUGAUAUUAUGUUUAAGAUCUAAAAGUUUUUAACUCUGAUUUCCUUUUUUUCAAUUUUAUGUUUUAUUCAAUGUUGAAUCCAAGAAUUCCUUUUUUUGCAUUUAUGUAUUAUUUUGCAUUUGCUGUGUUUUUGCUCCCUUACGUUUAAGUUUAUUUACCAAUGCAGUUCAUUUAGAAUGAUUUUUUUGUUCUAUUUCCUUCACAUACGGAAUAAAAUGUUAUUAGUUUUUUAACCUA